AAACCGUGCCGCGCCAGGAAGGGCUGCCAAGAAUUUUCAGUUGGUUCCUCAAAAACGGAAGGAAAUAAAACAACCCCCGAAACAAAUAAAGAAGAUAAUCGAACGUCCUUUCGCAAUAAAUGACGCUAUGGGGCGAACGAAACAAAAGAACAGCGACGAAAAAUGUGCGCAAUCCAUGUAACAUACGUGAAUUCGGAUUGAGUGGAUUAUAAUUAACGUGUAGCGAAGUGAUAAAGGAUUAAUCUGCGGCGAAACAGUAAAGUUUUCAUUGAUAACGUUCGAUUCCUGCAUAAAUAAUUAGAAAUAGAGAAAUUAAUCUGACUUAUUGCUAACUGCUUAUACGCCGUACCUACUCGCGCGAUAACGAUAAUAAUUCACUUUUAAUAUGAUUGAGGCGUGCGAUUGCUUAUUUAGAUUAAUUCUUUAAAUACCCUAAUUAUACACCGACCAUGGAUAAAAUUAUCAACUCGUUAUUUUCGUCAACAAUUUUGACCUCUUCUCAGUACGUUUCUGGCGCUAUCAACGUAACGAACGAAUAAUGUGACAAGAAAGAGAAAAAAAACCGGGCCGAUCUAUUACUGGGUAGACUUCGUUGUUCUAUCAAGGAUUCUUCUUUUUUUUUUUUUGUUAAGUGCGGGCUAAUUGCGAUGUAAUAAAUUCAAAGUCACAUAGAAUAAAAAAGAUCGGGGUGCACCGGAUCGCAAUUUAUCUCAGGAGCAACCUGUAAUAUUCGCGAAAUGUUGCACGCUAUGCACUAAAAACGCAUAUUUCAGGUUACUAAACUUUACCUAUACCCUUCAUAAAUAUGUAUGAAAAAUGCCUUCCAAGUUGCACUCAAUUUUCACAUAUUUUUCUACACAACACCAACCAUAUUGAUCUCUCGUAGUACGUUUCACCUGUCAAUGUAUAUCGCGACCAUGUGAAACGUCUCAAUGGCUCCUUUAUAGUCAAAGAUUCUGGAGCCUCCAAAUCCUUCGCAUCUUUUUUUUAUCAAUUUUCGUGUUUCCAAUCCUAUCUUGAUCUUAUUUUGAUAACACGAGAAAAAAGGAUCUUAUUCCUUAUCCUUAAAGCCCAGAAAUAGAGAAGAGAAGGACCACAAAAAAAAAAAAAACACUGUCGUGCGCGCGAAUAAACAAGUGAACGGCGUUUUUCAAAAAAUUUCGCGGCUUGAAAUUUUAUUAUUUUGCUUAAAUUUUUCACGAUAUAGUUGUAUUUUACAAUCAAAAAUUUAACAAUUGUUCGCGGUAAGCUAAUAUCAAUGAGACUGAAUUAUUCUUAUUGUAUAAAUGUUGUAAUUGUUGGUAAAUUUUCUCGUUGAUUUCAAUUACCGAUUGUCGAUUCAAUUCCCAAGCAAAGAAGAGUGAAGAAAACGAAAGAAAAAAAGCUCGCGAGAAAAUAGUUUUAAAAUAUUUUUGUCAUAAUUCCACGAUAAUCAGCCCUGAAAUGGAUUAAUUAUUAUUGUUAAUUUUCAAAAUCGUUCGUGCCUAAAUAUAAGAUAUAAAAUUAUUAUUAUUGUCAUUUAUAAUAACAAUAAUAAUAUACGUAUAUUUUUACGAUAUUAAGGCGGACUAAAUUUUUGAGAAGAAAUCGGGAAAAAAAUAAAUUACAACAAUAAAUGAAAACAAAUAUAUAUAAAUAACCUGGAUAAAAUGUUAUCGAAUGAUAAAAGUGGUGGUCUGUUUCGAUUAAUGCACUUUAAAAAAAGAUUGAAAUCUCUCAAUCAAACUGAAAAAAAUCAACGUACGAGUGGAUCGUUAUUAAGAAGAAUUCUCUAUAUUUUACCAUAAAAUAAAAUGAGCAAAAGUGUCGAACUACUAGCGUCCGGGUCAGAGGACGGUGAAGUGCCCAACGACGCGCCUCACCCGGAAGACAGAUCUAGAUUAAAUCUGAACGGAAGUCGUCAACUGUCUCGAAGUGCCACCGAAUUAAGACCGAAGAACGGAUCACCGAGUCACAAUUUGCACGGGCAUAAUCCCUCGGUUGUCCACCACAGCCAUCGUCAUCACAUAUCAGUAGCGCAGAGGACGCAUACAUUUUUUGCCACGUUAAAGAGUCGCUGGUCCCGCGGCAGGAGUAAGGAGCGUAAAAAAUCCAGGGAUCACAUACCGGCCUCGCAGGAUGUCAGUAAAAAUAAUGCCGCCGGAAUGGAAUCGGAUUACGCCGCUGAUUAUUCGUCCGAGCAUAGCCACAGUUCUUCGGCGACGCAAAGCCCGGCGCGACAUUACCACAAUCAUCCAGAUUCGCCGUUGGCUCGAGGCAGUCGAGAUCGCGUUCCAUCGCACGAAGAUAGCCCCGGUAAAUGCAGCAACGGUUCAAACCGUUUGGCUAGACAAAGUUCGCAGCAUAAUCAGGGCGCAGAUUCUAAACUCUCGGUACAGCAGCAGCAGCAGCAGCAACAGCAGCAGCAGUUGCAGGAUGAACGACCUCAACCUUCCACGACAGCCUGCACGACCUCCGACACGGCGUCGGUUAUUCUGCAAGGGCAAGACGAGCCGUCGAGACGAAGGGAAUUGGCGUUACGCCAACAUGCCUUUUUCCAACUUCGAUUGCACCUGCGAAGAGGUGCUAACCUCGUGGCAAUGGACAGGGGGGGCUCGAGCGAUCCUUACGUGAAAAUAAAAUCCUCCGGUCGUCUGCUGCACAAAUCUCGAACAGUCCAUAGAGAUUUGAAUCCAAUCUGGGACGAAAGCGUUACCCUGCCUAUAGAAGAUCCGUUCAAACCUCUAACCAUUAAAGUCUUUGACUACGACUGGGGACUUCAAGAUGAUUUCAUGGGCUCCGCUCUACUGGAUUUGACACAACUGGAAUUAGGUCACGCACAGGACGUCAUUCUUGAAUUAAACGACCCGGCGAGGCCGAAACAGCACUUGGGAAAUAUAUUUAUCACCGCAACUUUGUGGCCGAGAAAUCAACAGGACAAGGAACAGUAUUUCCAAAGGAACACCCGCUUAGUGGACGUUAACAGGAAACUAAAAUCUCAAAUAUGGAGUUCUGUGGUCACUAUCGUACUGGUCGAGGCAAAAAAUCUGCUACCGAUGGACAUCGAUGGCCUCUCAGACCCAUACGUCAAAUUUCGACUUGGCACAGAAAAAUACAAGUCGAAGGUGGUUCACAAGACAUUGAGUCCCGUUUGGCUGGAACAAUUCGACCUCCACCUAUACGAAGACAUGGGAUUCGGGCAGGAGCUCGAAGUGACGAUAUGGGACCGGGAUAAAUCGAGAGAUGAUCUCAUGGGGAGGACCGUCAUAAAUCUAGCAACUAUGGAGCGGGAAAAGACUCACAGACUGUGGCGUGACCUUGAAGAUGGAGCGGGAAGCGUUUUUCUGUUAUUAACAAUUAGCGGGACAACUGCUAGUGAAACUAUAAGCGAUUUAGCAGCUCACGAAGAAACCCCACAGGAACGUGCACUGCUUCUUCAACGCUAUUCUUUUAUCAAAACUCUGCAGAGGCCGCAGGAUGUAGGACAUCUCACGGUCAAAGUUUUCAGAGCUCAAGGAUUAGCAGCAGCUGACUUGGGUGGCAAAAGUGAUCCCUUCUGCGUCUUGGAACUCGUUAAUGCUCGGCUCCAGACCCAGACUGAGUACAAAACUUUAGCACCGAAUUGGCAGAAAAUUUUCACAUUCAACGUUAAAGACAUCAACUCCGUGCUCGAGGUGACAGUUUAUGACGAGGACAGGGACCACAAGGUAGAAUUUUUGGGACGGGUGGCAAUUCCAUUGUUGAGGAUACACAAUGGCGAAAAACGUUGGUACGCCUUGAAAGACAAGAAGCUUCGAGGACGAGCAAAGGGAAAUUCCCCGCAAAUUUUGCUUGAGAUGACAGUAGUGUGGAAUCCUUUGAGAGCAUGUGUGAGAACUCUGAAUCCCAAGGAAAGGAAAUACAUGGAACCAGAAGUAAAAUUCAAACGACAAGUCUUCCUCAGAAAUGUUCUCAGGCUGAAAGCAAUAAUCGUUUUUUUCAUCGACCACAGCAAAUACAUUCAGAGCUGCUUUGAAUGGGAAAGUACACCCCGAAGCAUCAUCGCUUUUGCUCUCUUCAUCUUUCUCUGUUAUUACUUCGAACCCUACAUGAUCCCAACAGCAGCCCUGCUGGUUUUUCUCAAAUACUACAUUGUAGCACUUGUGACAGGAUGGCCAGCUUAUCAAUCAUCGUCGAAUUCUUUAUCACCUAGCGAUUUGAAUGAUCACAGCGCAGACGAGGCACCCUCGACUCCUGCGGCAAUCGACGACGAUGAUGACGACGACGACAAGGACAAGGAAGAAAAAAAAUCAUUGAAGGAACGACUCCACGCGAUUCAAGAGGUUACGCAAACGGUUCAAAAUUCUAUAGGGUACAUAGCGAGCCUGGGUGAGAGCAUUAAAAACACGUUCAACUUUACGGUGCCCUACCUCAGCUACUUGGCGAUGGUCCUUGCCUUCAUCGGAGCUAUAGUUUUAUACUUUGUGCCAAUACGUUACCUCAUCAUGGCCUGGGGUAUCAACAAAUUUUUCCGAAAAAUCCUCAGGCCUCACACGAUACCCAACAAUGAACUUUUGGAUCUCCUAUCCAGGGUACCAGAUGACGAGGAUCUCAUUUCCUAUAGAGAGUUGAAACCAGUUCCAACGCCAGAUUGUGAGAGAAGUGGGGUGGCAUCCGGUACUGCUGGUAACGCAGGUCGAAAGGAGCAGCGUCGUAAAAAAGCUGCGUAACAAAGUGUUCAACGGUCUUGUUCGUCAGUUGUCCAACCAGAAGUUACAGGACCAAGGUUAUCGAUGACUAAUAGCGUCCUUAAGACCGUUUUACCUCGCCGAAAACUCUUAUCUCUAAGGAAUCGCGCGAAGAAAUUUUCAAAACCGGAAGUUGGCAGAAUAGACUGAGGGAUUUUUUACUCGCUAUGAUUUGUCGAUCUGUCUUGCGGGUACACAGGGCGGGUAUUCCUGAGGAUUUGGAAUAAAACCAAGUGACGAAAAACAAGCAAAAAUAUCUAAUGAUAUCGGAGGACAGAAAAAAUGACAAACGAAACACGAUUUAGUUCCUGGAGGAAUGGGAUUGGGCUGUUGAAUAUUAAUGAAAGUCUAUCGAUUAAUUUGUGAAGGAAGUAAAAGUGAGAUUUUUUAAGAACGAAACGAGUAACACCAACAAUAUGUGUAUGUAUAAAGAUAAUAGCAUAUCGAAGAAAUUAAUAGAAUUUAAAAAUAUACAUAAAAUAUAUCUAUUACGAUAAUAUUUAGUACCUAAUGACAUAUUACAUAACUUGGCGGCGGGUCAUUCGAAAAGAUGGGCCGCAAAGCAUUUCGUCCAUUGAUGUUUAGCUAGCAACAAAUCAUCUUUGUAUGAAAAAUAAUAUCUAUAGUAUUGGAGAAGAAAAAGAAAGAAAUAGUAAGAAUCUUAAAAGUUCGUAGGAGUGUUUCAGGGCCCGGUGAGAAUCUUAGUUGAUUCGUGGCACCUACGCAGUUGGAUGAAACAAGCUCAUCGUUGAGCUUUCAUCGUUAUGUCUAUCGAAGCUUGCGUGUAUUGGGAUUUUAGGAAUGAAGUUGGUUUUUUCUUUCUUUCAAAUCACUUUCUACGUGUAUUUUAGCCUCAGCAUCUCGUUCAGCUAGUCGAUCAUACAUAAAACCAGUUUAAUACGCUUUCACACUAUUUUACAUAAGUACCUAUAUUCAAUUCGCUUUCAUUUUGGGAGUAUAAAAUUCGCGUGUUGUUAUUGUUAUCGCAAUGAUAUCUAUCUACAUUGACAUAUAUUGAAUAUUGAUAUAAUUGUUUAAAAAUAAUAUUGAUAAAUGUUCCGGUGCGCUUUUAUGAAUAUAAAUGUGAAAUUGUUUUUCUAAAACUAUCAUAUUUCAUACUUCGAAACUUAUUGGCUACUAUCAUCGUGUACGCGAAAACACAUGCUCUAGAUAUUCGUGGUAGAUUGAUCUAUAAUAUUAUAACUACCGAAUCAAUCAUGGUUUCCUUCGUUUACGUUGGCUGUAACUUAUUUUAUUUGAUUUUAUUUUUUCAUGACUGAUAGGCCUAUGCCACGCGUGAGUUUUCUAAAGUCUAGUCGUUAGUUUGAUAUUAACCGAUAAAACAGUUCAACAAAAGAGGGAAAAAUAUCCAUAACAUUAUCAGUAUAACGAAUACAUGUACAACUAUACUUAUACACAUUUAAUUUUCAUACGAAAAAAAGACGCUUUAUCCCAACUGUUCGCAGAAUGUCUUUCCCUGGUGAGUUCAAUUUCUUACUUACAUAAAGGAAAGAAAAAAGAAACCUACAAAACUUCCUCUCUAUAUUUAUUUUUUUACUAUGUUUGUUAUCUUAUUAUAUGAACAGAUAUUAAAUGCAUACAUUCCGUGAUGUGUUAUAAUAAUCAAAAUAUUCCUAUACCCCGUGAACAGUUCUUCCUCAAAAUUUUUAUCAUCAUUACUUAAAUUAGGGUUAUUAUUGUAGUUUACACCCGUAAUCUCGACCAAAACAGGUUACCGAAGGAUGUAACUGUUUUCCAUAAAAUCUAGAAAAUAAAUUGAUUGAAUUUAAAAAUCAUUACAUGUAAGGUACGCCGUAAGCGUGCCUAAGACGCACAAAUCUCAAAACGAAACUCAAAAACGACUUGAGAGACAAUUUAUGAUUCAGAACGGAAAAAAAGGAAAUGAUUUUAUUGAUCAGUAUUAGAGAGAAAAAUUGGACCAUACAGGUAUAUUCGUUGAUCGAUCGUUGGAAUGUUCGUAAAUUUGUUUGACAAAAAAUAUAAUUCGUUACACAACAAUUUUUUUCUCGUUGUUCUUCAUUUUCCAGUCAUUUUGUACAUCCGUACAUUAUAUAGUGUAUAUUGUGGAUGAAUGAAUACAUAUGUAUAUUUUUUUGUUUGAUCUCCGACCACUCCAGCAUUUCGAUUAUUUCGAAGAUUGCAGUAAUACGAUGAUAUAGCGAUAUUGGCACCACCGUUGUUUAAAUUUUUAGCAGUAAAAUAAUAUUUGAAAAUAUAUAUAUCCUGGGAUAACGAAAAACAAAAAAAAAAAGCUAAUGUAUGAAGAAAAAUCUUUACAAAUUAUUAUACUUCCAUUUUCUCUGUGUGCUAUUUAAGUAAGUAAUAUCAUAAAUUUUCGAGAAAACAUAAAUAUACACCUAUAAAAAUGGAUAAGAAAGAUUAUUGCUAAAUUAAAGGAGAAAAAAAAAAAAAAAUAUUAAAAUUCAGCACAAUUGUUUGUCUCUUUGAUAGUAUUUAAAAAACUGAAAUAAAAUAAAAUAAAACAAAGACAAAAAAAUACACAUCAUAUGUUACAUACUAUAUGUAUAUUAAAAAAUUGAUGGUGAUCCUUAAAAUAAUAAUACAGUUUAAUUAAUGAACAGUUUUCAAACAAACAGAUAGAGCAAUCUGUAUAGUUUUGUUCUAAUUUUCAAAUGUUAACGAAGGGUGCUUCAUCCCGAUUAUAUACAUUCGUUCACUUCGAAUAAUUGAAAGCAUUAAAAUUAAGCGUUCGUUCAGUUUCGGACGAUUUAUGUAAAUUUGUGCAUUAGAAUAAUAUUUUGAAAGAAUUUUCGCUACAAAUCUUGCGAUUUAAUUUGAUAAUAUCGUACAAAUAUGACACUUAACGCGAUCGGAAUUGAACGAACCUCUAUUAGAAAAAGAAAAAAAAAAAAGAAAAAGAAACAUGUACAUUAGAAAAGUGAUAAAAUGGUUAUUAUAUUCAUAUUAUAUAUAUAGAUAUAUAUUGAAAACAAAUCAGAA